AUGGAGCCACGAAAACCGCGGCAAGACCCGGUAAACGAUGCUCGCUUCUACGAAUCACUCAUCAAACCUCCCCAUAUUCGAACACCCGAAGAUAUUCGAAAUGUCUAUGAGCAAUUGCGACAAUUGGACACGUUCAGCAAUUUGUAUAAUGCGCCUUUAAAGGCGAUUUGUGCGUCGGCGAGAUAUGAACGACAUCCGGCACAUUAUAAUCUUUUUCGGUGAGCGCGCCGGGGGUUUUUUGGGAGCCAAAAUUUGUGAAUUCAAAAUUUUUACUGAAAAAAAAAACUGUAUUCAAAAAUCACAUAAUUUUGCUGCCAAUAUGAGUUAUGACGUGGCAAAGCCUGAUUUUUUUUUGAAAAAUUGGGACUUGAUAAGGUUAUUUCUGAUUUAAACAUGAAUUUUGUGAAAAUCUAACUAUGCUAUCAUUUCUGUUGAAAAUCCACGUGUCAAAAUUUUCUCCCUUUAAAUAAUUUUUUUUACAUUUAGGGAUCAAAAAUUAUAGCCAAAAAUGUUUGUGCGCAAAAGUUUUGAGCUGAAAUUAUUCCAAAAAUUUGAGAAAAAAAAUCCUUAUUCAAAAAUUACAUAACUUUGCUCCUAAUAUGAGUUAUGACGUGGCAAAAUCUGAAAUUUUUUGAAAAAUUGGGGUAUUACUAACUUGAGCAAUGAAUUUGUUCAUAAAAUUCAUUUUUCAAGAUUAUCAAAAAAAAAUUUUUCAAAAAUUUUCAGAUUUUGCCACGUCAUAACUCAUAUUAGUUUUUUUUUUGAAAAUCCUCAACUUUCAAAUUUUCUUAAAAACAGAAAGAACUUUCAUUUUUUCCAUGGCAAUUCCUUGGAAACAUUUUUUCCUGAUGCAUCUAUUCAUUUGCGAAAAAAAACCGAAAAAAAUGUAUUUUUUUACAAUAUUUUUCUAUUCACCAAAAUGCACGAAAUAAAUGUCAAUCGUGACGAGACCCACACACAUUUCAAGGAGAAAAACAUGCGAGAAAAAAACAAGAAAUGAAAUUUUCGAAAGCAUGCAUUUUUCACACUCGUUGCCUUGAAAUGAGUGUGGGUCUCGUCACGAUUGCAUGUAUUUCGCGACAAUUUGUGAUUUUGGUGAAUAGAAAAAUAUUGUAAAAAAAUACAUUUUUUUCGUGUUUUUUUGCAAAUGAAUAGAUGCAUGACUCAUUUUUUUUUCAAAUCUCAAAAAAUCCGAUUAGAAAAAGGAUUUCAAAAAAAAAAACUUUUUUCUCUUUGCAGUGACGGUCAAGUUGCAACGUGUUGGUAUAUUCUACUAUCUGGAUCAGUUUUUAUCGAAAAUCACAUUUAUUUGCCCUAUGCUUGGUAUGUUUUUCACUUUUCCCGCGCCAAAAAUUUUAAGUUUUUCGCUGUUUUUUCUACGUUUCGAUUCGAAUCGUUUCGCUAAUCCUUAAUUUCUAGUUUUUCGAAGAUUAUGAAUAAUCUGGUUUUAUUGGAUUCCUUCUUUCGUCGUUCCUUUUCUCCAUUUUUUUCUCGAAAAAUUUCGUUUUUUCGUACUUUUUUCAUUUUUUUUCUACAAACAAAUUGCAAAACGUAAAUACAAAAGGUUCGAGAGAAUUAGUCAUUUUUUUGUUUCGCGCCAUUUUUUUCCAGACACAUUGUUUGCAACAGAAAAAAAGAAAGAAUUUUCUGUGUAUGUUGGGAAAAGUUAUCAUCUCCUUUCGAUUAUUUUGUUGAUUUUCACCUAAAUUUGUCGCGCGCGAGAUGAUAUCUUGCGGUUUGAUACUUUUUUCUCGUUAUUAUUAUGAUUAUUAUUUGGCCUAAAUUUUUUCUUGGACAUUUGCCAGCUCAAAAUUUCGGUUGAGAAGCCGAAGUCUAGAAGUUGAGAUCUAGAAGUCUGAGGUUUGGCCUAGAAGCCUAAGCCUAGAAGUCUAUACCUAGAAGCCUAGAAGCCUAGAGCUUAGAAGGCUGGCCCUAACAGCCUCAAGACACCUUAUCCUAGAAGCCCAAAGUAAUAUCUACAAGCCUAGAAAAAUAGUCCUGUAGUCAAAGCCUGGAAGAUGGCCCUAACUACCUAAGCCAAGAGGCCUAAGCCUAGAAGCCUAAGCCUAGAAGCCUAAGCCUAGACGUCUAGUGCUAAUAGUGAAAUCCUCAAAUCUCCAACAAUCUUCAGUAAUUUUCCCCAAAGUUCUCAUUCAUUUUUCUACUAAUCAACGAAAAAUGAAAAAUGUUCCCAUAUGUUUUUGUUUUUGACACACUCAUUCAAAAUGAGUAAUAUCUCCUCGAUCUUUUCGUGUGUGUUUUUUAUUUUUAUAUUUUUCUUCAUCGUCCAUCUUUAAUGUGUCUCAUAAAAUGUGGUGGUGGUGGCUGUAAAAAGCGCGGUUUUUCUCAUUUUCUUUAUUUUCUCAUUUUAACCAGCAGCAAAAAAAAUGGGCGAAGAUUUUUGGAUAUAACAUUUUUUGAGAAUCGUAAACCUCGUUUUGGUUUUGUUUUGUUCAAGGCGUAGGUGUCAUUAAGCUGUUGUCAAUCCGAAAAAAAUCCCUUCUUUAAGUUGGCGCUCACGUACAGUAGACUGAAAAUGACGUGGCACCUGCACAUCAAACUGGUUGGCAAAAAGCCAGCGUGUUAUUUUUCAAAUAGUAUCCAAGAAGUCUACUGUAACUAGAGAUCAGACUUAUUGUUCGGAUUAGAUUUUGAAACUUUUGUCGAAUUUUCUUUGCUUUAUGGCUUUUGGCAUAUGUUUUUCAACACAAAACUAGGAAAUAGUAUGAUUUUUUGCAUUUUCAUCGCUUGAAAUCGGCCCAGGCUGAGGUCCGGACGUAGGCUUGAGAUCAAGGUUAGGCUUUAAAGGUGGAGGCUGAGCAAAAAUAAGUUAUGCUCAUUUGAAAGAUCGUGCUCUAAUUAGUACUAUCCUUGAAGGAUGCUUCUCAAACAUUAAUUAAAAAAUUUCAAAUUUCGAAAAAACAGUGAAAAAUCGUGUAAAAUGACUUGAAAGUUCAGAUUUGCAGUAGUUUGGAUUUGAUUUUUCAAAAGCUUCCAGAAAAAAUCCUUUGAGGAUUCUACUAAUUAGAACUUCCUCUUUCAAAUGAGCACAACUUAUCUUUUGCUCAGACUCCACCCCAAAAUUUGAACGUAGGCUUUCAACCCUUAACUUGUGUCACAAAGACUAGACAAAUAUUAGGCCCAAACCUAAAAGUACAUUUUUGGACCAACUUCUAGACCUCUAGUCUAUUUUGUCGUUUCUGUUCGACCUCCCAGGAAAUGAGAACAUGAUAAUAAUUGUUGUCUUAUUUAUUUUGCUCAUCCUUUUCUUCUCUUUCCUCCCAAAAACAUUAUCAUCUUUUUUCCAUAAUAUUAUUGUGCCUGUGUUCAUAAAAACCUGCCUUGAUUAUUUAUUAUUAUAUGUAUGUAUUUUCUUUCGAGCUCCCCCAUGUUCUUCUUCUUCUUUCUUUCUUGAUCCAGGAGAAGAAAUACACAUAAUUGUUUACAUUAGCGACGUUUUCGGCAACUGGCCGACACGGUGUAUUUUAGAAAAUCGCCGCCGCUCACAGACCUUUUUCCCCCCAUUUUUUCUGUCUUGUAUCCAAUUUCAACCUGAUUUUUUGCAGUUUUGGAAAACGCAACGGGUUGAACUAUCGAAGAACACACGAUUGUAUGCUUUUACAAGAAUCGGAAAUGAUUGUGGUGAGUUUUUUUUUUGAAAUUUUGACUCAAAAAAAAUGUUUUUGACCCUGUCACUUUUUUGUUGCAAAAAAAAAGGAAAUUUGAUUUGUGAUGUCAAGAUUUUUUGUCACAUUUUUUGAUUUUCACAACAUUUUUUUCUUGACCAAAACAAUUUUUUCCAUUUUUUCUAGAUUGAUUACCCGGACGUGGCUCUGAACGGAGCGAAUUCGCCAAAAAUGCAAAGAGGAAUGGAUAAUCGAAUGGCGACGAGGAAAUCGGUGGGUGGUUUUUAUCGGGUUAGCGCCUAGAGAACCACGUUGUCAAGUAGCCGCGCCUAGAGAAACUUAUUGUCUAGGAUUCACAUCGAGAGAUCCAAUAUAGCAAGAAUCCGCGCCUUGAGAGCAUCAUUAUCGAGUAGGGUUGCCUUGAAAUCCUAGUUGUUAAGUAGCCGCGCCUUGGAAGCUUAGUUGUCAAGGGUCAGUGCCUAGAGAACCUAGUUCUUUAGUAGCCGCGCCUGGAGAUCCACUCCGGCAAGGAACUGCACCUUGAGAGCAUCAUUAUCAAGUAGGGGAGCCUUGAAAUCCUUGUUCUGUAGUAGCCACACCUAGAAAGUUCAAUUGUCAAGUAGUCGAGCCUUGAAAUCCUAGUUGUCAAGUAACCGCGCCUAGAGGACCUAAUUUUCUAGGAUCCGUAUCUAGAGAUCCACUCCGGCUAUCGAGAGAUUCAAUCCACCAAGGAGCCGCGCCUUGACAGAGUCUAUUUCAAGCUCCCGCGCCUAGAAAGUUCAAAAUCCAAAUUUUUUUAGGCUCCUCAUUUUUUUCCUCAAUUUUUUUUCUAAGCCUAAUUUCAUCUCUUCCAACUUCCUGUUCUUCCAUUUCCUUGCGUGACAAUUUGCAACAUUUUAUUUUAUUUUUUAUUUGGAUGAUGUGAAUUUCUUAUAUUAUUUCUCAGUAUACACAAACUCUUUUCCGAAAUUUUCACCUGUUUCUCCCCGUCCUUUUCCAAAAAAAAAUAAAUAAAAAUCAAUAUUUUUGCAGACACCCAACGCUGAUUCGAUGGCAAUGCCCCCUCCGCCAGUCCCACCACGACCUCUUAAACUACCACCAACUGCCUCAAAAGGUCCCGCACCUUUGCCGCCACGUGGAUUACCUCGAACAUAUCCGCUGGAUUUUCCAGUCGAUAUGCCAACAACAUCGGCAGAUCAUCGAAGUCAAGUGUAUUUGAAUGGAUGUUCGAUGCAAAUGGCUGAUGAUGACACGUUGGUUCGAGUCAAACAUCGACGAGAGAAAUCGAAUUCGUUGGGUGGAAUGAAUGUGCAAGCGGCGAGACGAUUGAGAGGGAGAAGGUGAGGAUUUCACAGAGAACAAAAAAAUAAAAUCCGAAAUUUGGCUAUUUGCCAACCAGUUUGAUGUGCAGGCGUCACCUCAUUUUUGGUCUACUGUACGUGAGCGCCAAUUCAAACAGGGGAUUUUUUCUUUGCUGAAAUAUUUUUCGUAUUUUUUUGAGAUCUGACACGAUCUUUGGGGUUGGACAAGGGGAAAUUGAGAGAUUUAGAGAAAAAAUUCUACACUGUGAAUUCUGGAAUAAAAAAAAAGAAAAUGUGAACCUCAAUCUGAAUCUGAAAAAUUUCUGAGAAAUAAAAAUUAAAUUUAAUUUUUGAAAUUUUUUCCGGAAAUUUGAAAUUUAAAAUUGAUUUUGAAUAUUUCCAAACUCUGGAGCUCUCUGAAAUUUCCAAAAUUAAAUUAAAAAAUUUUUUUUUUCUGAUGAAAAUUCGGGUUUCCCAUCCCAAAAGCUCCAAAUAUACUUUGAAAAUUCGAAAUUCCAUAAAAAGUGAUUUUUUUUGCUCAUAGACUACUGUAGCUCCAUUUCUAGCGCGAAAUUUUUGAAAUUCAAAAUUUUGGACAAAAAAUUUUAGUUUGAAAAAAAACUGUGACAAAAUUUUACAAUUUUUCAAAAAAAUAAUCAGAUUUUUGAGAUGUUUUUUAGCUAAUUUUAAAAACUUUUGAAAUUUUGGACAGAAAACCUUUUUUUUGCAUUAAAAAAGUACACUUUCAAGUUUCCCUUCCAAAACCGAGAAGAAAUUGAUCAGAUUUUCAAGAAAAUUUCAGUACGGUAGCAAUACUGUAGCUCUGUUUCCCGCGAAAAACUUUUAAAUUUGAAUUUUUGGACAGAGAACCUUUUUUUUCAUUAAAAAAGUAUACUUUCAAGUUUUCCUAACUGAGACAAAAUGAAUUUUGAUCAGAUUUUCAAGAAAAUUUUCACAAUUUUCCUCAUUUCCAGCACGGCUUCUUCAACAACAACCGAAGGUGAAACAGCAUCAAAUGAUGGCGGAGAUUCGGAAGACGAAGAAGGAAGUAUGCCAUCACAAGAAAGUAGCAGCGGAGGAUUCAUGGAUCUAAGAGACAGUGUUCGUGAAUGCCUCGAAAAAGAACCAUCACAACGAAAUUCGGAAGAUUUGUCAGUUCUCCUCGAUUUUAUGCAGCACAUGUCAGCAUUUGCCGCAUUUCCAAUGUCAAUUAAAAGAGAACUUUGUCUGAAAAUGGUUUUUGCUGUAGUCUCCCCAGCUGGAACUCUUGUAUUAGGACAUAAUGAACGACUUGAUUCGUGGUCUGUGAUUGUGAAUGGAUGUAUUGAAGUUGUGAAGCCAAAUGGUGAUCGAAUUGAGUAUAAAUUGGGAGAUUCGUUUGGAAUCGAGCCAAUUUCCACGCAACAAUAUCAUAUUGGAGAAAUGCGAACAUUGGUGGAUGAUUGUGAAUUUGUAUUGGUGGAACAGCGGGAUUUUAUAGCGAUUAUGAGUACGAUUGGGGAACAUAUUGAGAAAGAUCGAGAUGGGAUAACUGGAGAAGUUUUGUCGGAAAUGGAAAGACGGACGAUUGGAAGCUAUUCGGGACAAGUUCUGAUUAAGGGAAAGCCGGAUAAAUUGAUACAGUAUUUGGUGGAUGACAGGGAUAAUAAUGUGGAUCCGCAUUUUGUUGAUGAUUUUUUGUUGACUUAUAGGGUGAGUUUGGGCCCCUGGGGAAAAUUGAUUUCAUUUUUUUCCUGGAAAUUGUUGUGAUUUUGAAGGAAACGUUGAAAUUCUUGAAGUUUCAUCUAGAAUUUUUGAUUUUUCUUUUACAGAUUCCUGAAACGUAUUUUUUCCUGUAAAUUAUUGAAGGAACCCCUGAAAUUCUUGAGUUUUUUCAUUCAGAAGUUAUGAUUAUUGAUUGAAAUUAAGAACUGAAGCGGAAAAUUUGGAUCAGAAUUUUUUCAAAUUUCCCCAUAAAAAUUUGAAGAAGUUAGCUACAGUACCCUGAUUUUGGCGCGGAAAAUUUGGAUUUGAAUUUUUAAAAACUUUCUGAAAAUUUUGAAAUUACAGUAUUUCAAUUUUUAGCUCAAAAAACUUUGAAUUUUUCAGCCGAAUUUUGAUUUUAACUGAAAUUGAAAAUCAGAGCUACAGUAUCCUGAUUUUGGCGCGAAAAAUUUGGAUUUGAAUUUUUUAAUUUUUCCCUGAAAAUUUGAAAUUACAGUACCCUAAUUUUUAGCUCGAAAUUUUUAGGCCGAAUUUAAAUUUUAAUUGAAAAUGAGAGCUACAGUACCCUGAUCUCGGCGCGAAAAAUUUGGAUUUGAAUUUUCAAAUUUUUUCCCUGAAUAUCUGAAAUUACAGUAUGCCAGUUUUUAGCUCGAAAACCUUGAAUUUUUAAUCCAACCUUAAAAUUUUUACACAUACAUAAAAUGGGUCCCCAGAAUCGGGUUAGGGUUUAACUUUUUUCAAAAAUCUGAAGGGAAGGGUGCCUAACUUGGCCAAUUUUCUGCUGAUGAUUUACCAAAAUUACCAGAUUUGUCCAAAAUUAGCUCAAAAAUGGUAGGAAGGUGUUUAACUUUGGAAAAUUUUCAAGGAGGGACCCUAACUUUGAAAACUGACUCGGGGGACCUAUUUUAUGUAUGUUUUUACAUGGAAAACAAGAGCUACAGUACCCUGGUCUCGGCGCGAAAUUUUUUUUCUACUGGAGUUUUUCUGAAAAACAUUCCUUUGAACCAAAUUUUUAGUUUUUACGCUGAAAUUGAAGCUACAGUACUCUAGUUUUUAUUUUCAAAAUUGUUGUUUGCCACGUGGAAUUCGGGACGAUUUUAGGCCUACAGUAACCAGAAUUUGGCGCGAAAAUCCAGAAAUUAUUUAUUUUUGUCAAAUUUCCAACUUCUAUCUUUGCAGGUUUUCAUUCGCGAUCCGACAGUAAUCUUCGAAAAAUUAAUGUUAUGGUUCGCCGAAUCAAUAUACCGUGAUAAAGUUGCUCGACUAGUUCUCCUUUGGGUCAACAAUCAUUUCAAUGAUUUCGAAACCAACGAUGAAAUGUGGAAUUUAUUGGAAAGAUUUGAAGGAGCAUUAGAAAGAGAUGGAAUGCAUUCACAAUUAUCACUUCUAAAUAUCGCAUGUUCUGUAAAAGCCAAACCUCGACAAAUUCAUUUGACGAGGAAAAAAGAGGAUAAAAUGAUGAUGAGAUUGGUUGGUGGAAAAGAGCAAGGGAAUUCGGUAUUUGUGGCCGAAGUUUUUGCGGAUACUGUAGCACAACGAGAAGGUGUCAAAAGAGCUGAUGAAAUAUUGGAGAUCAAUCAACAAUCGGUGAAAUAUUUGACGGUUUUGAAAGCGGAAGAAAUGUUGACGGGAAGUUUGUCGAUCAAUUUACUCCUGAAAAAUAAUGUGUUGGGAUAUAAGGAGGUGAUUGGGAAGGUUGAUAAAACAAUGAGAAAUGGAGGGGGAAGAAAUGCGAGCACGCCGAUGGUUAUUCCUGUGCAUAAAACUGUGAAAGGUCAGUUUUCGGGCAAAUUUUGGGAUCAAAAUUCAAUUUUCGGGAAUUUUCCCCAGAUUUUUAGCAAAUUUUGGGAUCAAAAUUCAAUUUUUUAGAAUAUUUUUGAGAUUUUCAGCAAAAUUAAGGAUCAAAUUUAAUUUUUGAGAAUUUUCCUGAGAUUGUCAGCAAAUUAUGAAUCAAAAUUCAAUUUUUGGGAAUAUUUUUGAGAUUUUCGGGAAAAUUUCGGGAUCAAAAUUCAAUUUUUGAGAAUUUUCUUGAAAUUUUCAGAAAAAUAUGAAUCAAAAUCCAUAAAAAACAUAUAUUCCCGAAUUUUUUAUUCAUGAUGCCCAAAAUUUGACCUACAGUAACCCCUCUUUGGUCCACAAUCAUCAUUUUUUGGCGCGAAAAUUUUGAAUUUUCCACGUGAAAUUUUCGCUCCUGAAAUCGGACCUACAGUAUCCUCGAUUUUCGGCGGGAAAAUUUCGAAUUUCAAAAAAUAUUCAGUAUCUUUUUUUUUGCAUUUUCCACGUGGCAUUUUUCAGCUCAAGUCAUUACAGUAGUUGAACUACUGUAAUCCCCCUCUCUCCAGCUACAGUAAUCAAUGACUUUUUGCCAAAAAUUCCUCUUUUAGAAAUUAAAAUUCACACCGAAAAAAUUGGACCUACAGUAUUUUUUUGAUCUACAGUCAUUACUUUUUGGCGCGAAAAUUUGAAUUUUCCACGUGGAAUUUCAGCUCGAAAUAUUACAGUAGUUGAACUACAGUAACCCCCCCCCCUUUUCAGCAGAAAUUGGGCCCUACAGUACGCUAUGACUUGAAUUUUGAAAAAAUUUGUGUAACCCGCGAAAAAUACGUUUCGAAAAAUUCUAGAAAUAUUUUUUUUGUUUUCUCAAAAUGGUUUUUUCACUGCGAAUAUUCAGAAUCAAAAUCCCGAUUUCUGCACAUUUUGGCCCAAUUUUUAAGCGAAAAUUGGAAUUUUCCAGUAUCCCAGCAUUACAGUAAUCCCAUUUUCAUCAGAAAAAAAAAAUUUAAUUUGAAUUUUUUUCCCGCGCGAAAAUGAAAAUCUUUGAAUAUUUUCCAAAUUUCAGCAAAUAAAUCAAACGGAACAACCGGAAAAUCAAGUAUGAUGGAUAAAUUGAUGACAAUUCUAAAAUCGGGAAAAGAAAUGGAUGAUUUCACCGACGAAGUUCCAAAAAUCAAUGAUCUCCGUCCAUCUCGAUCCAAUCCAGACAUAACAUCAAUCUCACAAUAUUACGGCCCGGUUCGAAGUGAAUUACCCGAACAUGUUCUCAAGAUCUAUCGAAACGAUCAAACCUUCAAAUAUCUACCAGUCUACAAAGAAACAUCGGCUCAAAACGUUGUUCAACUCGCACUUCAAGAAUUCAACAUGACAGCCGAAGGUUCACCAGAAUGGUCACUUUGUGAGUGUACUGUGACACAGGAUGGUGUCAUAAAACAGCGAAGACUUCCACCGCAAAUGGAGAAUUUGGCGGAGAGAAUUGCGUUGAAUAGCAGAUAUUAUUUGAAGAAUAAUAGUAGAUCUGAACCUUUAGUUCCGGAUGAAUUGGCACCGGAAAUAUUGAAGGAGUCACAAACUCAAUUGUUGAAUUUGAAUGCGCAAGUUGUUGCGGCGCAAUUGACACUUCAAGAUUUCGCGGUUUUCUCAGCCAUCGAACCAACUGAAUUUAUCGAUAAUUUAUUCAAAUUGGACUCAAGAUAUGGAUCACCUAGAUUAAUUGAAUUCGAACAAUUAUUCAAUCGAGAAAUGUGGUGGGUGGCUACUGAAAUUUGCACCGAAAGAAAUGUCCAAAAACGAGCGAAAUUGAUCAAGAAAUUUAUAAAAAUUGCGAGAUACUGUAGAGAUUUGAGAAACUUCAAUUCGAUGUUUGCGAUAAUGUCAGGGUUGGAGAAACCGGCGGUGAGAAGAUUGCAUUCAUCAUGGGAACGAGUGUCAACGAAAUAUAUUCGAAUGCUUGAAGAAAUACAUCAAUUAGUAGAUCCAUCGAGAAAUAUGUCGAAAUAUAGGCAACAUUUAGCCGAAGUUGCGCAAGAGCCACCGGUUGUCCCGAUUUAUCCGGUGAUUAAAAAAGAUUUGACAUUUUCACACGAGGGAAAUGCGACGUAUGUGGAGAAGUUGAUUAAUUUUGAGAAAUUGCGAUUGAUUGCAAAAUCGGUGAGGCAGGUGAUGAAAUUGAGUAGUGCACCGUAUGAGAUUGCGAGUAUGGCGGAGAGGGUGAGUGCUGGGGACAUAUUUUUUGACAAAAAAUUUCGAUUUCAGCUAAUUUUUAUCGGAAAUUUCGAAAUUCUUUUUAAAUUUUAUUAAAAAAUUUUCCAAAAAAAUUUUUUUUUCAAAAAUUCUUUUUUUUUGGUGCCUGAAAUAAGGAAUUUUGAAAUUUAUUUUUUUUGGUGUCAAAAAUUCGAAAUUUCAACAUUUUUUUUGAAUUUCAAUUCUUUUAAUGUUGAAUGUUGAAUUUUUAAAUUUAUCAAAUUUUGAAUUUUGAAAUUUGAAGUUUAAUUUUUUGAAUUUUGAAUUAAAAAGUUUUUUUUCAAAAUUUUCUCUUGAAAUUUUGAAUUUGAAUAUUUGCCGCCCAAAAUCUACAGUACCUUUUCACCAAUAGUUCUUGGAACUUUUUUUUCGAGUUUAUUUUGUUUUGAAAAUUUUCCCAUUCAAAUUUACCAGGAUUUUUGAAUUUCGAAUUUUUUUGAGAAUUACAGGCCUCCUGAGCUCUCUGAAAAAUAAUUUCAAAAUUCUCAUUUGCCGCCAAAAAUUAGGAAAUUCAAAUUUUAUCUUCUGACCACCAAAACUUGAAAUUUUGAAUUUGAAUAUUUGCAGCCCGAAAUCUACAGUACCUUUUUACCAGUAGUUCUUGGGAUUUUUUUUUUUGAAAUUCGAGAUUUAAAAAAAAAACCCCAGAUUUUUGAGCCCUAGGUAUAUUUAAAUUGGCCAAUUAAAGUAAAAAUUACAGUAAAUUUAAGAAUUACAGGCCUCCUGUGUUCUCUAAAAAAAAUGAGUUAUCCCAAAUCGUUUCCCCAAAUAAAAUUCAUUUUUUUGCAGAGCGGCGGCACUGUCAUCGAUGCUCUUCUUCACAUGAACACAUUCGAAGGUUCCAACGUGGCAACAAUGCGAAAAGGAAUGAGCGCGCGACAAAAUCAGCCGCGAAAAAAGAUCUACGAACAAUCGUUGAUGGUUCGAAAAGUCAAAUCGUAUUUGGAAACACUGAAUGUUGUGGAUAAUGAGACGGAGUUGGAUACGUUGAGCUAUGAUAUUGAUCCGCAGAUACAGAGUUAGUUUGGAGCAAAAAAUACGUUGUGCUCAUUUGAAAGAGCAAUUUUCUGAAAUUUCUCAAACAAAUUUCAAAAAAAAACAGUGAAACACCGUGUAUUUGAGGCUGUUUUUCUAUGUAAAAUCCAAAUUUUUCAAUUAAAAUUUGACAAAAAAAAACAUUGCUCAUAUUAUAGACAAUCGUGGACCAUCUGCAAAUAUUCGACGUGUUCCAUCACCAACUCCAUCUUCAUUAUCUUCGCAAUCCUCAAGUUCCGCGGAUCGACGACUUUUUGCCAACUCGAAAUUCGGAGUCGAAAGUCCGCAAGCUGUACAGAAAAUGUUGGCAUUGGUUCAGAAUAGUAAACUAAAAGGUGUGUAUUUUUUUUAUUUGAAAAUUGUAUUUUCACGCGUUUUUCCCUUCUUUUUUUCCUUUUCUAUAUGUGCCCGUGUGUUUUUAGUGAUGCACCAGAAAAAGCUGAAAAUUUUGGCUCAUUUUGAGUUGUUGAAAUUUUAAAAUUAUUGGAAAUCUCAAAAAAUUUGAAGUUUCUGUAACUUGAAAGCUAAAAAUGCAUAUAUCUUGGCCCGAGGCCCAAUUUUUCUCGAAUUGGACCAAAUUUCGAAAAUUCCCCAAUUCAGGAACCAAAAAAUCUUGAAAUUUUAAAGAACCUAAAUUUUGAAUCAAUGAAUUUUUUAGUUCCUGCAAAUCUGGAAUUGUUAAAAAUUUAUUUCAAAAUUUUUGGUCCAAUUUCAUAAAUUUUUGAGAAAAAUAAUUGAAAUUUUAACAAAUUUCUGAAUUUUCCUGAUUCAGGAAUUCAAAAAUCUUUUUUGAAAAUUUGAGUUCCUGAAAUUCUAAAAUUAUUCAAAAUUUGAAGUUGCUGUAACUUGAAAUCUAAAUAAAAAUGUUUAUCUUGGCCUGAGAAAUUACCCAGGCCCAAUUUUUUCUGAAAUUAGAACAAAUUUCGAAAAUUCCCCAAUUCAGAAACCUAAAAAUCAUUUUUUUUUCUCAAAAAUCGGUUACAAAUUAUUGCACCUGGAAAUUUGCCAAAUCCAAAGAUCAGGGAAUUUUUUAAUUGAGCCCAAGAAAUUAGACCAGGCCCAUUUUUUUCUGGAAAAAUUCUGAAAUUGGAACGAAUUUUGAAAAAAAUUUCUAGCCCAAACAACAAAAAUCGGUUCCAAAUUGGAAUAUUGUCAAAUCUGAAAAUCAUCCAAAUUAUUGAAAUUCCAAUUUUUCAGCCUAAAAAAGUUUGAAAAAAUCAAUAUUCCAUCCCUCCCCCAAAAUCACCGCUUCUCCUUUUCCCCCUUAUUUCUUUCCUAUUUGUAACCGUAAUCCUAUCUAGGUGCACCAAUUCCAUCAUCACCACAAACCGGCACACUUUCCGCUUCUUCUCGUGGACUACACCGAAAUGUGCCACGUGUCACGCCGAAUCGCCAAAACGGAACAAUUCAAAAAAAUGAACCGGUUCAGCUGAAUGAGGAAACCUCGUCGGUCACCAGUUUUUAUUCGUCGGGUUAGUUUUUUCCUCCAGAAUUUUUGAUAAUGAAAAAAGUGUGCAUUUUUUUAUAGAUGUGCUCAUUUAG